AUGGCUCAAUCUGUUCCCCCAGGAGACAUCACCACCCAGCCCGGUACCAAGGUCGUGUUCAACGCCCCAUACGAUGACAAGCACACCUACCACAUCAAGGUAUGUUUGGGGAUGAUUUUUUGGGGUUUGGGGAUGAUUCUUUGCUUAUGAGCUUAGGCUUGUGAGCUUAGGCUUGUGAGCUUAGGCUUGUGAGCUUAGGCUUGUGAGCUUAGGCUUGUGAGCUUAGGCUUGUGAGCUUAGGCUUGUGAGCUUAGGCUUGUGAGCUUAGGCUUGUGAACUUGGGCUUAUUAGCUUUUUUAGGUUUAGGCUAACUUUUUGUUUUUUGACCUUAGGCUUAAGAAUAGGCCUAAAUUUGUCAUUUUUUUCAUUUUUAAAUUUUCAAAUUCAAUUUUCAGGUUAUCAACGCCGGUGGUCGUCGUAUCGGAUGGGCCUUCAAGACCACCAACAUGAAGCGUCUCGGUGUCGACCCCCCAUGUGGUGUCUUGGACCCCAAGGAGGCCGUCUUGGUUGCCGUCUCGUGCGAUGCCUUCCAGUACGGACAGGAGGACACCAACAACGACCGUAUCACCAUUGAGUGGACCAACACCCCCGACGGUGCCGCCAAGCAGUUCCGCCGCGAGUGGUUCCAAGGCGAUGGUAUGGUCCGCAGAAAGAACUUGCCCAUCGAGUACAACCCUUAA